CCGCCACCGCCGCUUGGAGCUAGACACCCCGCGCGCCGCUAACCGUCACCUGUGGCUGCGCGCGGCCUCUCGGCGUGGGCGGGAGACUCCUGGAGCGAAGGUUUCGGGGUGAUGUGUCCCCCUCAGACGGCCGGCCGCGCUGCCGCCUCCGCGGGGUCCUAGCGCCAACGCACGAUCGCCAAGCAGCGGGGGCGACCCGGUAGCCGCUUCGCCUCUCAGUGUCACAGCCCCGCCUCGCUCUUGGCGUAGCCGGGCUUCGCACCGCGUUAGGGCUCCACGGGAGAGACGAAGCCGCGUCCGGCAUGAGCCGCGGCGGCUCUUCCUGAACCCGGCGCUCCGCGAGGGAUCGCGCCCCCGGCCAUGGGGGUGAACGCCGUGCACUGGUUCCGCAAGGGACUGCGGCUCCACGACAACCCGGCGCUGCGGGAGUGCAUCCAGGGCGCCGACAGCGUGCGCUGCGUCUACAUCCUCGACCCCUGGUUCGCGGGCUCCUCCAACGUGGGCAUCAACAGGUGGCGAUUUCUGCUUCAGUGUCUUGAAGAUCUUGAUGCCAAUCUACGAAAAUUAAAUUCUCGUUUGUUUGUGAUUCGUGGACAGCCAGCAGAUGUGUUUCCCAGGCUCUUUAAGGAAUGGAACAUUGCAAAACUUUCUAUUGAAUAUGAUUCUGAGCCAUUUGGGAAGGAGAGGGAUGCAGCAAUUAAGAAGCUGGCUAGUGAAGCCGGAGUGGAGGUCAUUGUACGAAUUUCGCAUACAUUAUAUGACUUAGACAAGAUUAUAGAAUUAAAUGGGGGCCAGCCACCUCUUACCUAUAAAAGAUUUCAGACUUUAAUCAGUAGAAUGGAACCCCUGGAGAUGCCAGUGGAAACCAUCACUGCAGAAGUAAUGGAAAAGUGCACUACUCCAGUUUCUGAUGACCAUGAUGAGAAAUAUGGUGUUCCGUCAUUAGAAGAGCUAGGUUUUGAUACAGAUGGUUUGCCUUCAGCAGUGUGGCCAGGUGGAGAAACAGAAGCACUCACGAGACUGGAAAGGCACUUAGAACGAAAGGCUUGGGUAGCAAACUUUGAAAGACCACGAAUGAAUGCAAAUUCCCUUCUUGCAAGUCCCACAGGGCUUAGUCCCUAUCUGCGGUUUGGCUGUCUGUCAUGUCGCCUUUUUUAUUUCAAGUUAACAGACCUAUACAAAAAGGUAAAGAAAAACAGCUCCCCUCCCCUCUCCCUUUAUGGCCAACUCCUGUGGCGUGAGUUUUUCUACACAGCAGCUACUAAUAAUCCACGCUUUGAUAAAAUGGAGGGAAAUCCUAUCUGUGUUCAGAUUCCAUGGGAUCGGAAUCCUGAGGCUUUGGCCAAGUGGGCAGAAGGCAGGACAGGAUUUCCUUGGAUUGAUGCAAUUAUGACACAGCUCCGUCAGGAAGGUUGGAUUCACCAUUUAGCCAGACAUGCUGUGGCAUGCUUCUUGACUCGAGGUGACCUGUGGAUUAGUUGGGAAGAAGGAAUGAAGGUGUUUGAAGAAUUGCUGCUUGAUGCAGAUUGGAGUGUAAAUGCUGGAAGCUGGAUGUGGCUUUCCUGUAGUUCAUUUUUUCAGCAGUUUUUUCACUGCUACUGUCCUGUGGGUUUUGGCAGAAGAACUGAUCCUAAUGGGGACUACAUCAGACGUUAUUUGCCUGUACUUAGAGGUUUCCCUGCAAAAUACAUAUACGAUCCUUGGAAUGCCCCAGAGAGCAUCCAGAAGGCUGCAAAAUGUGUAAUAGGAGUUCAUUAUCCUAAACCAAUGGUAAAUCAUGCAGAGGCAAGCCGCCUGAAUAUUGAGAGGAUGAAACAAAUCUACCAGCAGCUUUCACGAUACAGAGGAUUGGGUCUUCUUGCAACAGUGCCUUCUAACCCAAAUGGAAAUGGAAAUGGUGGCCUAAUGGGAUAUUCACCAGGAGAAAACAUCUCUGGUUGUAGUAGUGCAAGUGGAGCUCAAAUGGGAAGCAAUGAUGGUCAUACAGUGGGCGUUCAGACAUGUUCCCUAGAAGACUCACAUGCAGGUUCAAGUGGAAUUCAGCAACACGGUUAUUCUCAAGGCAGCAGUAUUUUACAUUAUGCCCAGGGAGACCAUCAGCAAUCACAUUUACUGCAACAAGGAAGAACAGGAAGCACUGGUGUCAGCACUGGGAAACGCCCAAAUCCGGAAAAGGAAACUCAGAGCAUUGGGCCGAAAGUCCAGCGACAGAGCACUAAUUAGAUUGAUGAUCCAAAGUCCCUCCACCUGUAAGGGAACUGCUGAUGAGUCACCUACAGUGGAAUGUAUAGGUGCACUCGAAGGAGAAAAAGGUUAUUUACCAGUAUAGUAACUCUUGUUCUUCAAGAUGUGUUGUGCACACAUACAUUUCAUGAUCCUCCAACCUUCCAAACUACUUAGGACAUUACAUACAGCGAUGUGAAGGAACGGAGCAGAAGGCGGCAGAUACUCCGCUUGUAUAAUCUCACCUGAAGGCAUGAGGAGAUCAGGGGAGGAUGCACUGCCUGGUUAUGCUGCUGCACUGAGCACACAAACAUCUACAGUGGAACGUAUGUGUUUACAACACGUCUCAAAGAACAACCGUUACCAUACGGAUAAGUAACCAUUUUUUCUUGCUAGUUUAGAUUCUUCUAACUCUCAAGACAGUGGAUCUUUCCCAUAGUUUGCCACAGGUUCACCUGGAACAAUCAGUGCGUGUCCCCCACCAUCAGGGAUUUAUUCAAUCUUUACUCACCCACCAACAGCCAGUUUCCAGAAAGUUCUGAUCAGAAUCUUUCUGCCGGUAAGAAAACCAACCGCUUGCUGGGACCUUAAUUUAGUACUUUCAUGUCUUACUAACCCACUCUUUUUGAACUAAUAGCUAUGUGUUUCACAUCUCACCUGUAGAUAAAUGUUGCCUUCCUCAUUGCUAUCACCUUGGCCAGAAAGGUAGGUGAACUUGGGGUCCUAAUGGCCAUACACAAUAUCCCAUAAGGACAGAGUCUCUAUAUCCAACAACUACAUCCAAAAUUUACUCAUAAAAUUGUUCUAUCAUUUCAUAUAAACCAGUCAUUUCAUUUACCUGUGCCUUUUCAAAGCCUUGUGCCUUUAGUGAGGAGAGGAGACUUAAUUCUCUUGACUAAUUAUGAGCAUGGUGAUUUUUACCUGCAGAGAACAAAACCAAUCAGAAAAGCCAUCUAGACUGUUCAUUUCUAUUCCAGAGUGAGUUUAAGGUCAAGCUAUAUCUUCUCAAUGGAUCUCUGGGUAUAUCCUAUUCUCUUACCAGAUGGCACAGCUUCCUCCCUCACAUGGGGUAAAGAUUUACUAUGCAAGGGAACAAGCAGCCUCAGAAGCAUCACUUCAAGAAGCAUCCCUGCUUAGCAUUUGCAGAACAACCUACAUGGAGUUUCAUCCACACAUUCAUAAUGCAUUAUUUCUGGGUCCAAGACUGCCGUUGACUUAUCCUUUGGGGCAGUGAUUCUACAAGCAGCUAUACCACCUGUGUUCUUGCACCCACCUGCUCUCUGAGUACUGCUUGUCAGUUAUCCGUAGGGACCAGCACUCAAAGAAGAAAGGGAAAUUGCUUACCUUGUUGUAACUGAAGUUCUUCAAGAUGUGUAGUCCCUAUUUGUCUUCCACUUCCCAACCUCCUUCACCUCUUCUUCAGAGCUUGGCAAGAUUCACAGUAGAGAAGAAACUGUGAAGAGGCAGUUGGUCUGCCCCACUCCUUAUUCCCUCACAAUAGAGCACAGGAAGAGUAGUGGUGCAGGCAUGAACCAAUAGACACUACUUGCAAAACUUCUCUGGUCUCAGGUGCAUGGAACGCAUGCGUACUCACAGUGGAAUAGAUAAGGACCACGCAUCUUAAAGAACUCCAGUUACAACAAGGCCCUGUAGACCCUUCCUGGACUCAAAUGACACAGUUGCCCGAUCCAUUGCUACUGCAGUAGUAAUGCGACAUGUAUCAUAGUUGAACCUUUCAAAAUUCCUAAGGAGGUGCAAAAUACAGUCGAGGAUCUCCCGGUCGAGGGACAAAAACUAAUUUCUGAGUGCACGGACAACUCCUUACAUUCACUGAAAGACUCCCAAUCCACUCUAAAAUCCCUCGGUAUUACACACAGCAGCCAAAAAGAAGAUUGGGAAAAUAUCAGCUGUUUCCACCAUCUCAUCCUUAGCCAUACUACCAACAGCAGCAGUUUGACAACCAACACCGUUGUCACUGACUUCCCAACAGGCGCAGACAGUCGCCUGCAUGAGGGACGCUGGCCCAAACACUCUAAUAAGCAGCAAAUUUGAAGAUGUGAUCAAGGUCCAGAAAACCUCCUGCCUGCUCCAGUUGCCCCUACCAUCUGUAAUGCCAUCUACAUACCGACAGUUUGGCAACUGCUUAGCUCCAUUUUUACCAUCUUGGAUGCUCAUUAUCUCGGACAGAUGGGUCCUGGAAAUAGUAAAGGAAGGUUACUCCAUUCCUUUCCUAGUUAUGCCUUUCCUCCACCCCCCCUCCACAUCCUUUUCAGGGAUCCCUCUCAGGGGAGCCCAUCCUGGAGGGAAAGAUGAGAUGACAUCUUCAACUGGGAGCCAUAGAAUGAGUCCCUCCACAACACAAAGGAUGUGGUUUUUACUCACUAAUUCCUGGUACAAAAAAAGUCUGGUAGUUGGUGCUCCAUCCUAGUCCUUCGCAAUCUCAACAAAGUUUGUCAGACUACAAACUUUUGAAGAUGGUCACCCUAUUCACCAUCAUCCCAGCACUGGAACAGAGGGAUUGGUUCUCGGCCCUCAACCUAUAGGACGUAUAUUUUCAUAUUGCAGUAGACAUCCUUCUCACAGACAUUUCCUACAAUUCAUUGUAGGCCACAGUCGCUACCAGUACAGGAUACUACCCUUUGGACUAUCCACAGCUCUGUGAGGUUUUUCCCAAAGUACUUGCAGUGGUCGUGGCCUUCUUCUACAAACAAGGUAUCGCCAUUUCCCCGUAUCUAGAUGACUACCUUCUCAAAGUGCCAUCCAAGACUGAAGCGCUCCAAACAGUCCACGCUACAAGGACCCUCUUUACAAAACUGGGCCUCCUUAUCAAUUUUGAAAAGUCCACACUAACUCCAGUGCAGACACUGGAAUUCAUUGACGCUCUACUCGAUGUCAACCACGCAAGAGCAUGUUUACUACCUCACAGGUUCCCAGAGAUAACACAACUAGUCUCAACUACCCAAGCAUGGCCCCAAAUCCCAGCACAUAUAUGCCUCCAAUUUCUGAGACAUAUGGCUGCAGCUAUGUUUCUGGUCAAAAACACGAGGCUGCACAUGCAGUGUUUUCAGGGCUGGCUCCAUACAGUAUAACUUUCUCGCAAACACAGCAUGCAGAAACUUCUGUCCAUGCCAGCCCAGGUCAAGGAGUAACUACUGUGGUAGACUUGUCCCGACAAUGUCUGUGCCGGAGUCCCUUUUCUUCAACCUCCACCUACCAUGCUACUUACCACCAAGGCCUCCCUCCUUAGCUGGGGAACACAUCUGUGCAAGCACACUAUACAGGGCAGAUGGAUGCCCACUGAGGCCACCUUACACAUCAACUUCCUGGAACUGAGGUCAGUCUGCAAUGUCUGCCAAUGUUUCCUACCACUCCUCAGAAACCAGGCUGUUUGAGUAAUGACAGACAACCUUAUUUGCAUGUAUUACAUCAACAGGCAAGGAAGUGCCAGGUCCCAUUCCCUGCACUCAGAAGUGAUCAAGCUAUGGAAUGGGUGUAUCCACGACAACAUCUCCAUCUCUGCUGCGUAUCUCUCUGGACUUCAGAACGCGAGAGCGGAUACACUGAGCAGAACCUUCUCACACGAGCACGAAUGGCAGCUCGACAUGAGAGCACUCUGACCCAUCUUCCACCAAUGGGGGUCACCCCACCAUAGACCUUUUCACCACUCAGGAGAAUGCCCACUGACUUCAGUUUUGUUCCAGAGCAGGCCUGGGACGCAAUUCACUAGGGCAGGGGUUCUCAAACUGGAGAUCAAGACCCCUCAGGGGUUGUGAGGUUAUUACAUGGGGGGCUGUGAGCUGUCAGCCUCCAUCCCAAGCCCCGCUUUGCCUCCAGCAUUUAUAAUUGUGUUAUAAAUCAAAACCACUUUUUUAUAUAAAUAUUUAAGGGGGAUCAUGCUCCAUUCCCUUUCAUAUUGGACUACGCCCUUCAACUCAAACAGCACCUGGCUGCAGUUACCACAUUCCACUGCCUUGUCAAGGGGUAUUCAGUGUUUGCACACACCCUUGUCAUACAUUUUCUUAAAGGUAUUUGAAACCUAUACUCUGACAUAUGUCCCCCCAUCCCAUCCUGGGGCCCCAGCCUAGUCCUACGCUCUCUGACUAGACUUGCAUUUGAACCAAUGUCAACCCGCUCACUCCUUCAUCUAGCAAUGAAAAUGGCCUUCCUCAUCAGCACCAUGUGUGGGAGAAAUAUCAGCUUUUAUGGCAUACCCAUCAUAUACAAUGUGUUAUAGAGACAGUGACCCUCCAUCCCCUCCCAAAAUUCCUGCUGAAGUUAAUGUCCUUCUGUCUAAACAAGCCUAUAUUACUCCUUCUUUUCCAAACCACACAAUUACCAAGAAGCAGCUCACCACACAUUAGAUGCACAUUGUCAUUCUGUUUGGAUAGAACCAAACUGUUCAGUAACUCGCCUUGCUUGUUCAUAUCCAUUGCCGAACACGCUAAAGGCUCUGCUAUAGCUAAACAAUGCCUCUCUAAAUGAAUUUCACAGUGCAUACGCCUGUCUUAUGAACUUGACAAUAAGCAACCACCUGGCUCUAACAGGAUACAUGCCACACGAGUGCUCUCAAUCUCCAUUGCAUUCCUCAAUAAUGUUCCCAUAAUAUAUGCAGGGCUGCCGCAUGGGCAUCCUCUGAUACAUUCACCCGACAUUAUGCCAUCUUGCAGGAUUCCUCAGUGGACACCAUUCUUGGACAUACGGUCCUGUCCUCGGCGAUACCAGCCACUCCGAAGCGCCAACCUUCCAGCUAGGGACACUGCUUUAUAGUUACUUACAGUGAUGGGGACAUCACUCGAAGAAGAAGAGAGGAUUACUCACCUUGUGCAGUAGCUGAGGUUCUUUGAGAUAUGUGUCCCCAUAGGUGCUCCACUACAGCCCUCCUCCCCUCUGCUUUGGAGCAUAGCGUUUGGGGUCGCCCCACACAGCAGUAUUUAUACUACCCGCGCACAAUGCAGGGGAGGAGAGGUACUCAUGUGCUGUCCAACGGGCAGUGCUAUUGAAAAUCUCUGACUCCAGACACAAAGGUGCUGCCACACCUGCAGUGUAGCACCUAUGGGGACACACAUCUCGAAGAACCUCAGUUAUUGCACAAGGUGACAGGUUUCAGAGUGGUAGCCAUGUUAGUCUGUAUCAGCGAAAACAACGAGGAGUCCUUGUGGCCCCUUAAAGCAGGGGUGGGCAAACUUUUUGGGCUGAGGGCCACAUCAGGGGUUUCAAAACUGUAUGGAGGGCUGGUGUAGUGUAUUAAAUUGCUCCCCAUAGGAAUGUGCUACUAAGGGUACUGCUUGGUGCGCAGUAAGUGGCACAUUUCUACAGGGAGCAAUUUAAUACGCUACACCUGGCAGUUCACACAGCUGCACUGCCUGGCAGGACCUCACAGCCCCACGGCCCAGAACGCUGGCGGCAUGGUGAGCUGAGGCUGUGGGGGAGGGGCUGGGGGCUAGCCUCCGUGGCCAGGAGUUCAAGGGCUGGACAGGACGGGUGGCCUGCGGGCCAUAGUUUGCCCACCUCUGCCUUAGAGACUAACAAAUUUAUUUGGGCAUAAGCUUUCUGAUGCAUCUGAUGAAGUCGGUUUUAGCCCACCAAAGCUUAUGCCCAAAUAAAUUUGUUAGUGUCUAAGAUGCCACAAGGAAUCCUCAUUUUCACACAAGGUGAGUAGCUCUCUCUUCUAUCUAAGUUCACUCUUCAUGAAACUAUGUAAACUCUGAAGAACAACUUUGGACCCGCCUACUCUAGGGCUUGAUGAGUGUCUCUAAACUCCUAGGUUAGGUAUUACUGGCUUGAAAGUAUAAUCUCUGUUUUGUAAUCUGAAAUCAGUAAGUGGCUGCUGAGCUCCAAUUAACCUCCUAUUAUUGCUUGGUCUAUAAUGCUGUAAAUCACAAGUGUAUUACAAAGAAAAAAAGUCUCUUUUAGGAAUGUGACUCCUGUUGUAUAGGUAUUUGGAGAAGAUACAUGAAUUCACAUGAACCUAAAUGAGAUCCUAUUGAAAGCAGUAGACUAGUCUAGUCAUUGUAUGUCCCAAUGAAUGAGAUGUUGUCCCAAUGGACAAGACACUAUAUAUGCUAUGAAACACUGAUGGAAGGAGGUCUGCAUGUCUCUCUUCUACAUCAUGUUUUUCUGUAGCUGCCGAUUGGACUCUCAGCCACUCGGUGACAAGAAAUUUUGAAAAAGUUGUGUUUUAUUUUUUAUGCGAACAUUGUAGUCUAGUUUGGAUGAACGUGUGUAAAGAAAGAAAGAAAACCUUUUUUCCCCUGUCAGAAUUAAUGGACUACACAUCAGGAUGUGUGUAUGUUUGUUUACUUAUUAUUGGAGUUCUCCAAAUAUGUUGCUUUCACCAAUCUAUACACCUUUCUCCACGCCCUACGCACCUUUGGAUUUCUUCCACAACUCCUGAAGAAAUUCCCCAUCUUUCAGUCUUUUGUGGUGAAUUUUUCUUGUGAGCACAGUUACACUUUUGGGAGACCCUACUUGUCUAAAAUGUCAGUUAUCAUUUUGUUUAAGAUAUAUUAUAUGGUGUUCCUGGACUCUACUGAAAUGUUGUCAUUGUAAAAUUGUAGUCAAAUGUAAUGUACACGUCAUGGUAAUCUAGUAAGAGGGCUAUGUUUAUUGGCCAGUUUACUGUAAAGAUCAUCAUCAAAACAUACAUUUUAUAUGAUAGUGUACCGGGAUCUGCAAAAAUAUUAUUCCUCAAUUGAUUACUUAAUUUUUUUUUC